AUUGUCUCAGGCUACGCCCACUCCCUGGCACUGACCGAUGAGGGGUUGCUGUACGCGUGGGGCGCCAACACAUACGGACAACUGGGCACCGGCAACAAGAGCAACCAGCUGAGUCCAGUUCAGAUCAUGACAGAGAAAGAGAGAAUCGUAGAGAUCGCCGCCUGUCACUCCACGCACACGUCUGCUGCUAAGACCCAGAGUGGUCAGGUGUUCAUGUGGGGCCAGUGCAGGGGCCAGUCUAUAGUGCUGCCUCACCUCACACACUUUACCUGCACUGACGAUGUGUUCGCAUGCUUCGCCACCCCCUCGGUCAUGUGGAAGCUUCUCUCCAUGGAGCACGAUGACUUCCUGACUGUGGCUCAGUGUCUGAAGAAAGAAUUUGACAACCCAGAGACGGCCGACCUCAAGUUCUGCGUCGACGGCAAAUACAUCUACGUCCACAAAGCAGUUCUCAAAAUCAGGUGUGAACACUUCAGGUCCAUGUUUCAGUCCCAUUGGAACGAAGACAUGAAGGAGGUGAUUGAAAUCGACCAGUUCUCCUACCCGGUGUACCGCUCCUUCCUGGAGUUCCUCUACACGGACAACGUGGAGUUGUCUCCUGAAGAUGCUAUCGGGCUGCUGGAUCUGGCGACAUCGUACUGUGAGAACCGCCUGAAGCGUCUCUGUCAACACAUCAUCAAGAGAGGGAUCACCGUGGAAAAUGCCUUCUCGCUGCUGUCGGCUGCCGUGCGCUACGAUGCAGAGGUCAGUCUACAGACGCUCAUCUGUUUGUAUAUGUACAUUGUAGAAAACCUUAUUUUAUUUAACUUGAAUUAAGGCUGGACAAUGAACCGAAAAUGUAUCGUAAA